CGCAAAAUGAAUUUGCUCCCGGGGGCAGUCUAGCCACCCUGAAUCUACAACCGAUCCAAGCUGGAUCGGGGUUGGCGGCCAAUCAAAUCGUGAGGGGCGGGAUCGGGGGCCGGGCUACCUAGUGACGACAGAGUGUGCGACGUUUCGUGUGUAGUCCCAGAGAGAAGUAAACAAUGGCUGCCCCUAGCGAAUUCACGGCGUCUUUCGAUUCAGCUUUGGCAACGACUCUCGAAGAUUUGGAUAUUCAUUUCACCUUGCGAGACCAGCAGAUAACGGCAUUAAAGUUUUUUCUGCAGAAAAGGGACGUUUUUGGAGUAUUGCCCACCGGAUAUGGUAAAAGCCUGAUUUACCAACUUGCUCCGCUGGUGGGGCGACGCAUGGGUCUGCUGCACAAACCACUGGUGGUUAUCGUGUCACCCCUUUUAGCACUUAUGGACGAUCAGGUACAAGAGGCCGAAAAACUGGGUCUUACAGCUGCGCAACUUGGCAAAAGCGACCCGGAGGAGAUCCGAAGCGGGCGGUACCAGUUGGUGUUCGGGAGUCCGGAGUCCUGGCUUAACAAGGAAUGGCGAUGCUUGCUAGCCAGCAAAGUCUACCAAGACAACCUGUUGGGCCUUGUCGUGGAUGAAGUUCAUCUCACAUACAAAUGGGGAAAGGCUGCUAGAGGAGAGAAGGCUUUCAGAGAGAGUUUUGCCAGACUGGCCGAGCUACGGUCCAUUGUAAAACCAGGUACACCUAUUCUGGCCUUGACAGCAACGGCAGACCUGGACUCGCAAGCUGUUGUCAAAAGGCAGUUACAUUUGGAGAAUGCCACUGAAGUAAUCAUAAGCCCAAACAGAAAAAACAUAAGGCUUGGACUGUCUACAGUGUCUUCAGAUAGCAUGGAGUGUCUGAACUGGAUUGUGAGGGCGGUUAAAGAGAAGGGUCCAACAAUGGCACCAAUAAUCAUCUACUGCCGUACAUUGCCUAUGUGCGGGAAGGUGUUCUGUCACCUACAGUAUGAACUUGGUGAGGACAGCUGGGUGGAUCGGGAUCCAGAACACACGGCAGAAAACCGACUCAUUGGCAUGUUUCACAGCCAAACACUUCCCCAUCACAAGAUCACAGUACUGGAAUCAUUACGUGGCAAUGGUUCAUGCAGAGUGGUUGUAGCCUCCACAGCUCUGGGAAUGGGACUGAACUUUCCUAACAUAUCACAUGUUGUGAUGUAUGGCUCACCUGAGGAUGUGGAGGCCAUUGUACAAGAGGUUGGCAGGGCCGGGCGAGAUGGGUCUCCAGCACAUGCCAUAAUUUACAAAUUGAAGCAGGAAGCAAGAGUGAAUGAGGGCGUUAAGACACUGUUGAAGAAGGGCAUCACUAGUUGCCUUAGGAAGGCCUUAUUCUCACACUUCGAACAAAACACUGAGUGUGUUCUGCCGGGCCAUUUGUGCUGCUCAUACUGCCACUCUGUUUGCUCUUGCAGCUCUCCCAGUUGUGACGUGGCAAUACCCGAUUACGAACUGCCUCAACAGUACACUCAUGCCGUUGUCAAAAGCAGAGAAGUUACAGAGGAUCAAAGACUGACGAUUAGAGAUACUCUGUACAGGUACAAGCUCAGCUUAGUCCAGAACAUGCCUCUGUACACUAACAGCAGCGACUGCACUGGUUUUAGUAACGAGCUGAUAGACUGUGUUCUUGAGCGCUGCACAGAUAUAUUUGAUCUCCCAUUCAUAAUGGACAACCUACCGGUGUUCAGUAAAAGGCACGGACAGGAAAUUCUCAGCAUUAUUUUUAAUGUCUUUGGGGAUUUUGAAUACACUGAAGUUGAUCUGCCUGUGGAGGAAACUAUGGUGCCAGACCAAGACUACACAGGUUACUUUGACUCUGACUCUGAUGCAAACGCCUUGUCCCAAUGGAGCAGUCUAGAAUCCGGGGUGUCACAGUUGAGUACAGACUGAAACAUUUGUUAGUCAUUUCAUAUGACCACUGUACAUACCUCUUACAUCUUUGAAAGUACUGCCUGAAUACUUAUGUCAGAUGACUGCCUGUAAAUAAAAUUGAAGAACGAUCUCAAUUCUUGUUUAAGUGUUUAUUUACAUUUACAGAAAAAGGGUGAAUUAGUUGUGUACUUAAUAAUGUGCAUAUUAUUUACAAUGGGACAUAAAAAGCAACAUACCCAGGAUUUAAAAAUGGAAAUCAGUAGUCAAAUAGUAUUAAGAAAAGAAAUGCAAGAUAUUCUUGAUUGUGAAAUGGUAACCGGUAGUAAAAUACUGUAGAUACAAAGUAAAAAAAAAAAGUGACAAUGUUACAUACAAUGUGCUUUAAAGUGACUGGGUUGGAACUGGCUGGUUCAAUUGAGUUUAAACAUGUUUUACAAGUCGAGAUACUCGCAGCAAACACUGAAAAAUUGUGCUAAAUAAGUGAAAUUAAAUACGCCUGUUAGAAGAGGCCUGUAACAGUCUAGACAAUAUUUUGACAAACUGAAUGCAUGGUAAAGUGCAGAAAGGUAAGGGUGCAAUUAUGAGUCAUCAAGUGUUAAUGCUUAAAUAAGUACUGCAUAGAUCUGAAGGUACCUAUAGGGACUUCACAAGACAAGAAACUACCAAUGAGUGAGAUUUAUUUUUUCAGUUUUCUCCACUCUUUCAGUUUGAGCAUCAUCCACUCCCACAUUUCCUUUUUUUUUCAUUUUGUGCAACAGAUUGCUGUCAAACUUCGGGAAAGCCCGAAAUUCCCUUCCAGGUAUCUUUGACAACAGUUGACCCUCCCUGAAAACAUUAAUCAGAGUCAAUAUAUCCUGUGUCUGCUGCUCAGCACGAUGGAUGCCACUUGGCUUUUUCACACCCAGUUCAGUAUCAACUUUGUCCAUUAUCUCUUUCAAAACGCCUAUGGCCUUGCUGACUCGGCUAGCAGACUCUUCAGACAGGUUUGGACCCUGACCCUUCAAGAAAGACUUCAGGAAGUUGUUGAGGUGUUCUAAAUGAAGGUCUAAGGGGAUGUUGCCUCCAUUCCCUCCCCUAGUGCUCCAAAACCUGUUCCAGGUCACGCUGUGCGACAUCCGAGGCGUCAGACACGCAUUCACCUGAAGUGUCAGGAGUAACGUACUGUAUGCAUAGUGGCUGUGCGCAUGGGCUUUGUAGAAGAGCAGAGCUACUUUGUACAGCCUCAUCAGUCGUUCUCCGUCACCCUCUUUCACAGCAUCCAGCAUGUCCCAAAGGAGAAAGCUGAAGCUGAGACGCGCCAAGGUAUGUUCCUGCUUGUGGUCUUUGUUGAGUGAUGUACCAGGCAAUGUUUCGGGGGACACGUGUAAGUUGUGCUUUUUAAGCUCGUGAUUGUCUCUGUAUUUGGGAUAGGUGUAUACCUGCUGACAGCCUGGCGCUCGACAAGGGUACUGCUUUGCCUGAGUCGAUGUCACAUCUGCUUCGCCGAGACCAGUCAUGGCCUCAACCACAUCCCCAAGCAGGAUGUACUUAUCGACCACCUCAGCAGAUUUGGCAUGCAACCAUGUUCGCCUCGUGUCUGUUGAUCCUGAUGCAAUGUCCUCAGGAACAAACGAUUCCGGGAUGUCUAAGUCACAUGGAAGAAAAAACACAAACAAAAGCAAAGGUUUACAUUCUUCCCUCUACCCAAACAGUUCAGCUUUAAAGCACUGCUGUCCCAUUUCAAAACACCCUAUUUAUGUACCUUCGAUAUCCUUCAGGCCAAAGUGCUCCAUGGCAGCCGUCAGAAGCAGCGCAGUAGUGUCUGUGAUGACAAAAUGUUUGUAUGCGUUGUAGGCAGCCUUGGGACCCUGUUUCGCAUUGCUGCACCUGUGAUACAAAGAAAUGUUACCGUCACUCUUGGUGUUCGAACC